GAUUCCGGACUGCGGCAUAGGCACAAAGAGGAAUCAUUCUGAUAGCACAGGAAAAACACAAUGCUGUAGUUACUGGUUGCAAAGCUGUUCUGUAUGGAUAAAAGGUUGGGCACGUUAGCUGUUUUUAAGGAAAUUCAAAAAACUACGUUUUUUCUCGGCGGAGAGACAUUGUUAUACAAUGGGGCACAAAAUUCGUUCUUUUUCAAUCUGUUCUGCUCGUUUCAACGUCUAAAUUUCUGGAAGCGUCGAACCGCCGCUAUUCCCGGCGAUGGAGCAAGUUAUGCUCUAUGAGUCUACGGAUGUAACGAUGAAAGCGGAAAUAGCGGGAGCUCCAACAGAAUCUUUGGUGGAUGUAAUUUGCGUUACCCCACCUUCAUCGAUGGCCAUCACAAAGUUCUCGCGUCGAUCAAAACAGUACUCUCAUACAAGAGGAAAGGGUGUGGUACCCUGUCAAUUCUGCAGUGUAUCAUUUUCAACUAACACAAAUUUGAAUAAGCAUAUAAGGGCUUUCCAUCCUGGACUCGUUAAAUGCGACAUCUGCGACCAGCCGUUGUAUGAUCUUUUUCAGGUACUGACUGACGUUGAACAGCACCUAAAUAAAGUGCACAAUCUGACACUAAAAUACAGCAAGCUUAUUUUUAAAAGUGAAGUCGAUUUUCAGCUGUGGAAAGUAGAGGAAGAAAAACGCUCCGGAUCUCAGUAUGUAUCAACUUCGGGAACAAAAAAAACACCCGCCUGUGUAGCUAAACGAUAUUUUAUUUGUCACCGAUCCGGCAAAUUCCAAUCACACAGCAAGCUGCCAACACAAAAGCAGAAAAAACCGAGAGCCUCUGUUAGAUGCGGUGUAAAAUGUCCUGCCCGCAUGACGUUGACGGUCGAUCACUCAGGCAGAUAUCUCGUCGAUUAUCAAGAAGCUCAUUAUGGCCAUACUCUAGACAUUCAGUCAAAUCAACAGAUUGUUGACAAAUCGCAAAUGAGACGACGUCUCCGGCAGCAGUCAGCUCAGAAUGAGAACAAAGGCUCUAAAAGUGGGCAUGAAAAUCAGAGCCAACAGCUAGAUGGUUCUCACAGGGAAGAACGUCAGCAAGUAAACGCCACUUCAGUGUUAGCUAUAUCGGAUAAAGCUUCCCCUCAUAGGCUGGAUUAUCUCGAAUCGCUUUGGGCCCUGCGAAACUCUGCGAGCUUUCAGGAGCUUAACUCUCAAUUACAUAUGCACUUCGACAGGAAGAACGGUGUCGUGCUUAUAUCCGAGGUCGGCAUUGUAAUAUCAUGCAUCAUGAGGCCAUGCUUCUUAAGCUCGGUACUGUUCUACGAGACGCGCUUGCCCUCGAUCUAUGUGCGUGGUGUAGAACUUCUGCCUGAAACGUUCCAGGUUGGUGACAUGCGCAGCGAAGAAGGCUUUUUUGGACUGCUGAACGCUGUUCUAAAUGGGCCGAAAUGUCCUGGUGCAGCAGAUCAAACGGAUGUUUUCUUCGACAAUGCUAACGGAUAUCUUGAUACAACAUGCCGUUGGAGGCACGAGAAUUGUCCAAUUUUUAGUUCCGAAGGUCAGGAAUGCGACGGAUGUGCGUCGCUCAGGAAACUCCUUCAAGUAGCCAAGCAGAACUUGCAUCAAAGGGAUGGAAAGGGUAGCUCGUAGCAAACGCUUUUCUGCCUAGUGUCUCGUGUAAAUAUAUAGAACCUUCAAAAUAAUCAGAGUUAAACAGUUUUAAUAGAAACAAACUUAUUCUACCGAGAUUCGUCUCCACUACGUAUGCUUUGAUUGCACUAAAGGCCGUCCAGCUAAGGCUUACAUUGCUUUCGAACCUUUUGUGAGCACUUCAUUUAUUUGCCUCUUUUGUGCCCGUAUUUUCUGAAACCUGUUAGCACCAGUGCCCUUGACCGCAGUAUUCUGCAAACUUGUCGGCGGUACGUUGAAGGAGGUAUUUUUGCAAAAUGGAAUUAUCGUUUUUUAGGUCUAAUUGAGAAUGGAAUUAAUUGAGAUAAAUAUAGAAGUUACCGCCAUAUUCGCAAAAUACAUGAACCUGUAUGUAAGUGUAUAUAGUUCAUGGAUGUUACACAGCUUAAGAAAAACCAUUCUGCUUGUAGACAAGUGGCGCCUAAGUAAGUACAAUAGAAUAAACGAAAUAUUGAGAGCUGUGUAAAACCUA